AUGUCUCUCCUCGGAAAGAAGUUCCCCGGCCUCCUGGCCGGCCCCAUGACCCCCUUCUUCGCUGCCGGUGUCAUUGUCCUCUACGGCGUCAACUCUCUGCAGAACGCUCUGUCCAACACUGCCGAGCACAAGAACGAUCCCCGCAACCCCAACGCUAAGGCCGGCAACUCUCACUAG